AUGGCUGCUAGCUGGUCGGAUUUAUCAACUGAACUCAAACAAAAUGUGGUUGGAAAAUUGGAUUUGAUGAGCAGACACUCCUUGAGAUCCACCAGCCGUUUGAAUCGUUUCGUUGUGGACUUCACCGACUGUUUCGUGCCACGUGUCAGAGUUUCAGUCAAGGAUUCUGAAUUUUUGAUUAUGAUUCAUAUGGGGAUCGACAAGUUUUUGAGAAUCGAGAUGUGGAUUGGAUCUCAAGGGAAGACUAUUAUUAGAAAACUCCAGAAUAGCUACGACGCCAAAGACGCCACUGAAAAAGUGCUUCCAUCGACUCCUCGAUAUAAUGCCGCUCAAAUUCUAUGUGGUCUUCUGUCUCGCGAGAAAACACUUAUUGGAGUGAUGGAAUGGGAGUUUGAAGGAGGGAUUGAUGUAGAAAAGCAGGAACAAGAACUGUCCAGCAUUAAGAGAACAUUUUCUAAAAUUAUCAUACUGAGAGACUACCUGCAGAAGUACUCUCAAAAAGAUUACAUCUUCCGUGUCAACAAACUAAUGACCAGCUGGAAUUUGACAUUUGAGAUGGAAGCAUAUCUACGUGAUAUGUUGAACCCGGAGAAUUUAAAAAAGAUUGAGAGAAUCGAUGUGAGACUCUCAAAGAGCUCUGUGACACCAGUGUGCUCUGUUGAUACAUACGUACCAUUGAGUGUAUUGGGGCGUCCUGCAGGGACAAACACUGUUUUCCAUGAUUACAUUCCGAAUUUUUAUAAGAAUUUCUUGUGUCUCUCCAAGAACUCGCCUGGAUUCGGAGUGCUUCGUUUCGCGAAGUUCGAUGAGACUGCCAAGAAACUUUGGAAUUCUGUAGAGGCUCCUGUUGAGAAGUGGAAGGAUGGAACGGAUAUAUACAGAAGAUUGUACCAUAUGAAAACUUCCGACGGGAAGCUUUUCAUUGUUCACGAGAGAUCCGCAUGUGGCUAUUGGGUCUACUCGGUAAUGGAGGCAAAUUUGGAGGUUUUUGAUGAAUAUGAUCGUCUGAAUCCUCGCAACUCCCCUUGCCGACUCGAUUGGUUGUGCAAACGAUGCACCGAUCCAUUUGAAUACAAUCAUUACCAAAAUAUGGGCCGUCGAAUCGUCAGAGAGCCGAAAUGGACCGUCACAUUAACCAGUGGAAGUGAGCUGGACAGCGCGAAACACGAGGAAGUAUGGGAAGCGUGUAGAAAGAGAUACGAGAAGGAGGAGAGCUCAGAAGACGUGACGAUUGAAUCGGAUGACGUCACCAACUUCAUGAAGCUCGACAGAUCAUUCCAGAAAUGGGCUAUUUUAAUUACUAGUCUUGCGUUUUUGACUUUUAUUCUUUAUUCGAUUUUCUUUAUGUAA